AUGGUUGACGACAUGGGAUGGUGGACCGUCCCAAUAGUCAGCCUCGUAACCUUCACAUUAUACGGCAUCGAAGGUAUUGGUUCGCAACUCGAAGACCCAUUCGGCUACGACCGCAAUGACAUCAAAAUGGAUGCGAUUGUCGGCGACGCCAAGACGGAGAUUGACGUUGUGCUUUCUGAAUGGCGGAGAGUGAUGCGAUCAGUCGAAGUCGACUCGAGGGUUCGCGAGCAAACCGAUGGUAGUGACGCGCCCAAGAACGGCGCAGAAACCGCGUUCAUACCACCUGACAUGUUCCUGAAGGUUCGAGCCAUGCGGUGA